UUUAUCGAUAAAUCCGCGGCCGCUUCUGAACAUUGAACAUGCAGCCAAAGUAAUGAAAAAAAUUGUUUAACAAUCCCUGACAUGUUGUAUUGUAUUUUUUCAAAGAGUCAAUCACAAAAUUAAAUGUUUCGCGCUAUCGCUAAGCCAGCGAAGAAGCAGCAGCCACUCCCCAUACUUGCCCAAGUCAACUGGGUGAAGAGAGUCUAGUAAUUCCAUAAUUGUGGCCUCCUCUUGUGCCACCGCCACCGCCUCGUCCACCUUCUCCUCUCAGGCUGUCCACGAUGACGGAUGGUGAACAGCGGGAGGCCUUGGUUAGGCGUGCCGAGGACGAGCGCGAGGAGAUUGUCAAGCGCUACGAGCUGGGACUCGAUCCCACCAACAUUGUGGAUCCCUGGGAGAAUCCCACAUUCGAAAUCUAUCACAUAACUGACAAAUACGGCUUUAUGCACGACUCCCGCCUGCCCACCACGCGCAACUCUCAGGAAAUGCAGCUAACAAAGAUUGAGCUCGAGCGUGAUAAAAAGUGGAUGAAGAUGCUCGCCAAGUGGCCGCCACCCCAGGACAAGCUGCACACACGUGUGUACAAGGGCAUCCCCAAAGCCGUUCGAUGGCCAGCGUGGAAGAAACUGCUCAAUGUCGAUCAGUCGAUAGCCAACAAUGUCGGCGUUUAUCCCCGUAUGCUCCAGUUGGCCAAGAAGUACUCCACGGAGACCCGCCAGAUCGACGCUGAUGUAAAUCGCCAGUUUAGAGACAAUCUUGCCUAUCGGGAGCGCUACAGUAUCAAGCAGUGUUCGCUGUUCAAUGUGCUCAAUGCUUAUAGUAUCUACAACUCGGAGCUGGGCUACUGCCAGGGGAUGGCUUGCGUGGCUGGAGUGCUGCUCCUGUUUAUGCAGGAAGAGGAGGCCUUCUGGGCCCUGAAUACCCUGAUGACCGACCAAAAAUAUGGCAUGCACGGGCUGUUCAUUGAGGGAUUCCCCAAGCUGACACGCUUUAUCGACCACCAUGAUCGCAUUUUGUCCAAGAUAAUGCGAAAGCUGCACAAGCAUUUCACCAAACACAAUGUUGACGCGCUGCUCUAUGCUAUCAAGUGGUUCUUCGUGGUGUUCGUAGAGCGGGUCCCCUUCAGUCUGAGUCUACGAGUGUGGGACAUAUUUCUGUUGGAUGGUGACAGAGUCAUUCUGGCUAUGGCCAUCACUAUUCUAUAUCUACACAAGGAUGAACUGCUCCGCAUGAAAGACAUGGACGCGAUCAUCGAGUAUCUGCAAGUGAAGCUCCACAAGAACUUCGGCUACUCCGACGACGACGCCAUACAUGCCCUCGAACGUGUGAUGAAGAAGCUGAAGGACUUAAAGCUUGAUGCGCCUCCACCAGCCAAAUCAAACGAGUUUCCCACAAGGACCUUGGGAGAUUUCGUCGAGGCGGAUAUGGAAAAGAAAAUCGGGCGCAGACGCAACGAUUACACAGACACGGAGAAGCAAGUCAUAACAGAUGUGAUAUCAAGACAAGAACAGAAUGCAAUUGAUGUGCAAUCAACAGUGUCCUAUGAGACUUCGGAGUGUGCUACGGGUGAUGCAUACUCAAUGAAAACCUAUCAGAGUAUCACUAGCUUAGCCACCUCGCCGGCAAAUAGCAGCUACUCGCUGUACAGCAAUGGAUACGUGGUCACCACUGUUGAGAAUGCCCACGAGCACAACCACGACCCCAGUCGCAGCCAGAGCAUCCACAAUCUUACCUAUCUCAACUCUCAGCCGCCGCAGCAGCAUUCCCUUCCCAAUGGUUUGCAGCACAUGCGGCACAGCUUCAGCAGCGAUAGCGACAGUCGCAAUCGCCUGGAUCUGGAUCAGGCACUUGAGGCGCUCCAGAAACAGCAGUUGUACCUGCACGUGAAGCCACCACCAGCUGAGCACCGGGAGCUGGAUCGGAGUGUUUCUAUCGUGCAGAAUGGAGGCAGACACAUGGAUCAGCAGCAUAAUAAUGGUGCAUAUGCCAAUGUCGCAGAUGCUGAUGAUAAUGAUGAUGCGUUGAGUGUGGAAAACACGCGCCUUUAGUUUUUAGUUGAUUUCUAAUAUUUAAUCUUUGUUUAUGUAGUUAAUGUCUUCCUUUAUGGUUUGUAAAACGCAUUUGCCAAAUGAAAUUACAUUUCCCAUUGCCCACAAUGAAAAUUUCCACGAGCUUACAUAGCUUUAAUUUUUGUAAUUUUUUUGUCAUUUUCUAGCAUUGCUCAAUGUUUGUAUCUAGUUUUUUCUACUUUUAUUUUGCCUUCUCCUAACUCUUUGAUAUUAAAUACCUACUAAAUAUGUAUUCCAAACUGAUAACUGCUAAGAUACCAACGAUUCCAACGUUUGAAGCUACGUACAACAAACAAUAUUUAUUUAUAUCUGUCUAGCGACUUUUCUAACCUACUUUGCACCUACUUCAACGAAAAUUAUUAGACUUUUUCCCUUGCAUUUACUCAAAUUACAUAUAUAUAUAUUAUUCUCGCUUUACGAAAGAAACUAAAAGUUAGUUUACCUUAAAGCCAAAUUGAAAUGGUAGUUGUAAUUUGAUUAGCCAAUAAUUAUACAAAUAUGAUUAUAAAUACAACAAACGAGCACGAGUAUAGCGAAAACUGUACUGUACCGUACCGUACCACACAAAUAAAUAUAAUAUUUUGUAUUGAAAA